AUGCCGCAGCUCCAGGAUGGCAUCGCCUCCUCCAACACACUGUACACCAAAUACGAGCAAGUCCUGAAAUACGACAGACAAAUGAGAGAGCUGGCAACUAAGCAUCGGCCGGUUUUUCUCUCCAGCGGCCAAAUCGACCCGGCGUGGCCUCGCUGGGUGCCUUGGGCAAGACAGAGUCUGACCAUCAGCUCGUCUCACAAGAUCAUCAUGAUACACAGACAGUUUCUUGGACUCAGCUUUACAAACAGUCUGUUCAGUUUCACGCGUCGGACGUGUAUUGCAGCAGCAAAGACAAUUCUCAAGGAGCAAAGGCAGAUGGGAGACCCGGACGCGCCACAUUUGUGGAUCCAUGAUGCCUUCAACGUCGCAGCAUGCAUAAUCCUCUGCCUAGAUCUGUUUUAUAGAGACCCCAGCGACCUUGAGUUCAUUGAGCACUGUCAAAUGGUGAAAGAAGCCCUGGAUGUUCUCCGAAACACCGAAGGCAGCAUGAUCGCUCAACGAGGGGUUCGCCUCAUAUCGUUACUGCUUGCAGAGCAACGAAAGGCCCCUCGUGAUGACUCUGGAAAGUCGAAUAAACGCAAGGCAUCUGAAAUUGUCUCUACUGGCAGAGCUACAAAGCAGCGGCGUUUCGACAUGGACGCGUUUGUGAAGACCUUCUAUGGAGGCACCCAGGAACCAACCGGUUUAUCUCCAGGGCCAGAGUCUACUACAAGCGUCGAAACCACUCCGCAGAUUCCAGCCCAGCAAAGUGACGUUCGAUCAACUGAGAAACCUUCAGAAGUCGAAGAGUCCUACACGCACCGACUUUUGAGAGAAGCCGAAGAUCGUGGCCGUCCAAGGACCCGCACCUCCGAUGACAUGCUAUCCCCUCGCGGCAACUUUGAGAACGUCAGUUCGUUUGAGAACCUGCUUUUCCUUGCGCAAACAUAUAAUUUCUGA